GGUUUGAACUCGUUGGCGUAGUGUAAUUUCAUUCAGCAGCCCGGGUUUUCAUGUUUAGGUCCCCGCAUAAUCCUCGUAUUAACACCGAGAGAACCAGAAGAAAUGCCGCUGGAAAACCUGGAAGAAGAGGGAUUGCCCAAAAACCCCGAUCUGAGAAUAGCUCAGCUCAAAUUCCUGCUCACGCUUGAUGGACACCGUGCAGAUGUAAAAGUUAAAGAGGAGCUGAUGGAGGCCAUUAAAGAGAAUAACAUGGCUCCAUAUUACGAGGCUUUGUGCAAGGAACUUAAAUGGCAGGUUGACACGGAAUUCUUAAGCAAAAUGAAGAAAGCCAACGAAGAGGUCCUGAAACGUCUGGAUGACGUGUUGGAGGACGCAGAGAAGAAUCUGGGAGAGAGUGAAAUCCGUGACGCAAUGAUGGCCAAAGCUGAAUACCUGAUUAGAAUUGGGGAUAAGGAAGGAGCACUGACGGCUUUUAGGAAGACCUAUGACAAAACUGUGGCUCUGGGACAUCGUCUAGAUAUUGUGUUUUAUCUUUUGAGAAUUGGAUUGUUCUAUAUGGAUAGCGACCUCAUCACACGAAACACUGAGAAAGCAAAAAGCCUUAUAGAAGAAGGGGGAGACUGGGACAGGAGGAACCGUUUGAAAGUUUACCAGGGCCUUUAUUGUGUGGCUAUUCGAGACUUCAAGCAAGCUGCAGAACUCUUCCUUGACACAGUGUCCACAUUUACUUCCUAUGAACUCAUGGAUUAUAAGACAUUUGUGACUUAUACAGUUUAUGUGAGCAUGAUUGCUCUAAAGCGACCUGAUCUCAGGGAAAAGGUAAUAAAAGGAGCAGAGAUCCUGGAGGUGUUGCACAGUUUACCUGCUGUUCGACAGUACUUAUUCUCUCUGUAUGAGUGCCGGUACUCGGUUUUCUUUCAGUCUUUGGCAACUGUGGAACAGGAGCUGAAGAAAGACUGGCUGUUUGCACCCCAUUAUCGUUACUAUGUCAGAGAGAUGAGAAUCCACGCCUACAGCCAGUUGCUUGAGUCUUAUCGCUCACUGACUCUGGGCUACAUGGCUGAGGCCUUCGGAGUCGGCGUGGAGUUCAUUGAUCAAGAACUUUCCAGAUUUAUUGCAGCUGGUAGACUACAUUGCAAAAUAGACAAAGUGAAUGAGAUUGUGGAAACAAACAGGCCUGACAGCAAGAACUGGCAGUACCAGGAGACCAUAAAGAAAGGAGAUCUGCUAUUGAACAGAGUCCAAAAGCUCUCCAGAGUUAUCAAUAUGUAACAUGCAAUGUAUAAAGAUUGGUAUUGUAAACUUUGGGUUUCAGGCAAUGAAAUAUAAAGGUUGAGUGAUAGUACUAAAAUAUUUCAUGUAACAGUUUGUAGUUGUCCACAGUAUGUUUAACUAUUAAGUGUAUAUAAUAAAAUUUUCAAAAAAUCA